AUGUCACUCGAAUGUCAAAAAGUAGACAAGUUUGAUGUGAAGUUUAAUGGGUGUGUUCUGCUCAUUCUCUCUCUCUCUGUCCAGUGUGUGCAGUGGGUGGAUGAUGCUAAACUCAAUCAGCUGAGGCGAGAGGGAAUCCGCUACGCUCGUAUCCAGCUCUACGAUAACGACAUCUACUUUAUCCCUCGCAACGUAGUUCACCAGUUCAAGAGCGUGUCGGCCGUGUGCAGCCUCGCCUGGCACGUGCGUUUGAAGCAGUAUAAUCAGCAGCCCGAGGAAGAGGAGGCUCGUGAGGAAGGCGAGGAGCUGAAGCAGCACACCAAGCAGGAGUCAGCUGGCGAGAACGGCAGAGCUGCAAACACAGACUGCAGACCUGCGCAAGAGUCGCCGUGCGUAAUGCAAAUAAAGAUGGAGCGGGCGGAGCUACUCGCUGACAGACCGCCCAAACCUCCUCCUGGAAAGCAGAGAAUCCAUGACUUCUGUAAGACAGGAUCAACAUCUCUCUCUGUCUCUCUCCUGUUUCUGGUCGUCAUCAUGGCAAAUGUAGCUCGUAACUCGCUCCUCAGUGCCUGUCCGUAA